AUAUUCCUGUUCAACUAUCUGUAAGAUUAAUGCAUUUUUCAGAAUAAUUAUGAAAAUACACGAUUUAGUGAACGUGACUUGUAGUCAUGACAACAUAAAACACGCUUGUAAUCAUUAGGACAGCUUCCACGUGAGUACAAGCUCACUCAUUUUUCUAAUUCGGACAGAAUUAUAUUUUCUUCUGUCUUUUCGAAUCUCUUGAAAUGAAGAUUUUUAUUUACAGUACAUUUUGUAGUAAUCAAUUUGUGAAUUGCCUUUUCCAUAGAGAAAAUGUGAAUACUAUUUACAAAUAAGAAGACAUGAAUUCAGUUCAUGCCCAGAAAGCGUACCUGGUGACGUGCUCAGAAUCCUUUAUAUUGAGCCAUGGGCAAGGUUUGAAUCAGGAAGAGAGGGAAACUGAUAUUCAGCAUAUAGUUGUAGUCAGAUUGAAUCAUUUACUUUUGAGGGAUGUACAAAACAUUGAAUGCUGCAAGUCAUUGAAGAUCUGCAUACUGGCAGACAACUUCAUAAGCAAUAUUGAUUCUCUAAUUGAAUGUGUGCAUUUAGUGAAGUUGGAUCUGAGGGGAAAUCAGAUAACCCAACUUCCCAAUGGAGUUUUUUGGGACAGUCUGAAAAGACUACAGCUUCUUUAUCUCCAUGACAACAAUGUGGCCACCAGGAAGAAUAUUCAAGGAUUGGCCAAUUGCCAGAACCUCACAGCCUUAACCCUUUAUGAUACUCCUCUCAGCUUGAAGGGAAACUAUAGACACUGCAUUGUCAACAGCAUAUGGUCACUCAAGGCUCUUGAUAACUAUGUGAUAUCUGACGAGGAGAUCAUUGAGAAUUGGUGUCUCCCCUUCAGAUUCAAAUCCCUGAAUCCUCACUUUUACUUGAACGCUGGUUCAUCCUCUCAGACGGAAUCAUAUCAAAGUGAAAUGCAAACAAUUCAUAACAUAAUAUCGGCGAUUAACAGGAUCCAGUCACUUUACUCCCCAACAUUGAUUAUUCAGCGAUAUAUUCGGGGUUAUCUGACCAGGAAAAGGUUAAGAUUGCCAUCUGACACAGUGGUACUCUGUCGAGGGAAGAUCAGAAUCCAAUCCAUCGACUCAGCAGAGACCACUUGUGAAGUCAAAGUGAGAUCCAAAGCAAACCAAGGUGAACACUGGAUCAAAGAAUGUCACAUUGACAAGCAGAUGCAGAUGCAAAAGGAGGGUGAUAUGAAAAUAAAGAGAUUGAAUGUGAACCUGAAAAGACUGACGACAAGUCCAGAGUAUUUUCAUGAGGAAACAGGUUUUGCAUCACAACAGUUUAGAAAAAAGGAGUUGUGCCCUCUAUACAACAGCCUACAGCAUAGCAAAAUAAUCAAGCCUACAAGGAUUAAACAUGUUGAAGGAAAAGGCCUAUUAGGACAGGAUCCAUGUUUCCAAGGAGAGCUUGGGAAUUGGGGUUUCCGGGUGCAUGGCUUCAAGGCCAGGUUCCACCAAUGCGAGCAAGGCAGUGACAUGCUCACCGCCCGUCACCAGGCAGGACAGGACAUCCGGAGGUCAAUCCAUCUCUUCCAUUCCCAGCACGGUGAGCCGCCCGUACGCCCCCACCCACGGCCCUCAAUCAUCACCGCUGAGCAGAGGCUAAUGGGCCGCUGCCAUGGCUCCAUCAGCUUUGCCCCCUUCCAGAUCAUAGAGCGCGCCUAUGAGAUGAGGGAGCGGACCGAGGCUCUAAGAAAACGGGCAGAACAUGUCAUCCAGUGCCAGUCGAGGAGGGACGGCGCCAGAGACUACCGUCUUUACUUCCUGGAUUCACUAAGGACGAAGGUCCUCCAGCAGAAGGAAAACGAGCAAGCACAGAUGGAGGGUGCUCUAAACCAUCUGAGGGCAUGCCAGGACAGAGAGAUACAGGCUGUCAGACAAAAGCACGCAGGCUUCAUUGAGGAGAAGCGGAGACGGGCAUCGGAGUGGGCACUAGUAACGACCUUCAAUGGGCAGCACACCUCGCUGGCCAGGGUGAUCAAUAAGAAUAAUAUGCGGCAGAGGCAACGUGAUACGCGACAGGAGAAGCGAGUUCAGGUGGACAGUAAAAAGAUGCAGGCCCAGUCCAUGAAGAAACUCAUCCAGGAAAACCAGGAGGACAGGAAGAGGUCUGUGAAGGAUGCAGCCAUCACUUCCCGUGUGAACAGAGACACACAUCUGGCUAUCAAGCACAACCAGCAGCUCCUCCAGGCCCAAGCCAGAGUGGCCAGUGUAAAGACAAAGCAUUACAAGAGGGUCUUGCAGCUUUUGCCAGUCAAUCCAUCUUUAUAGCAUCCUCCCUCU